CUCCAAGCCCUUAACCCGCUCAUUACCGUCACAAUGCCUCAGGAUAUGCCCCCAACGGGGGGCUACGCUCAAGUCCAGUACAAGCGGAACGUCCCUGCCCGCGGCUUCAAGCCCGCCUACUACAUGAUUGGCAUGCACGUCAUCAUGGCCUACGGUUUCUACAAGUACUUCCACGGUGUCCGUGAGCAGCGUGAGCUCGCCCGUGAGAAGAUGUGGUCCCGUCUGCAUAUCACUCCUCUCCUCCAAGCCGAGGAGGACCGCGACCAGGUCCGCCGGCACUACGCCGACAAGGCACGCGAGAAGGAGCUUCUCGGUACCGAUGCCAAGAUCUACAACUCCGACCGCUUUAUCCGCCCUACUUUCGCCUAUACCCCCGCCAAUCUCACUCAAUAGACAGUCAGACAGUGUCACACUGAUCUUUGAGCGAUAUUGUACCUCCGUUCCCUCCUUUUGACUCUGUAUGAUGCUGGUGUUUUGGGAUGCUUGGUUGGUGACCCCUUGCUUCCAUGGUAUACGGACUGAACUGGGCCUUUCUGAUUGUUGUGGGAGAGCUAGAAGCAUUGUGGUGGUAGUUGGGGUAAACCGUCUCGAAGCCAUUUCGAGGAAAACAUUGUAGAUAUUACUUGCCUAGUGAAGGGUUUAGUUCAGUCUUUUGCAAUAUGUCUUAUUUCUUUA